AUGUCUUCAGGGGGAGCUCUACAUCAAGAGGAAAGUAGCAACAUAUCUGACAACGAAGGAGGGAGCAGUGUUAGUGUCGAUUUGGAUUCUGAUUGCUGUCACCAAAAUGAAGAUCAGUUAGGUGCAGCCAAGUGUCCUGUGCACGAAGAUCGUACUGAGUUUAGUCGAUCCUCUUUUGGUUCACCAGAUGACGAAUCACACCUCCCCACAGUGGACGAAGGAACGAAAUCUUCUAGUCAUGGGGAAGAAAUUAGAAGAAAGGAAAGUCAUAGAUCUGCAUCCGUUUCUGGACAUAGCGCAUUGAAGAGUGACUGUAAACAUGUAGGCGCACGUUCUUUUCCUAGACGAGGAAGUGACGACGUUCCAUCUUUACAGCAAAAGAGUCACAGAAGGGAUGCUCCAGGAAAAUCAAAGAAAACCACUAGCAAACAUUCUGGUGACACUCCAGUGACUCCAAAGCGUGGAAGGGAUCUUGAAUACAGAGAUAAGACAUACAACCAACCUAAAGAAACUAGAAAACCUUUUAGAAGUGAAAGAGACAAGAAAGUUACUGCUCCAUCUUUGGCUGAACAACCCUGUCGUUUGGUCAUCAAACCUCCCUCAGAGCUCCCUGUCAAAAAAGAUGUCGUGACACUCUACCUUAAAGAAUGUCUUGGUGACGAGAUCACGUUUUAUCACGAGGAAACUAAGAAAACUGAUGGUGGGUGUCUCGAAUUUACAUUUGUCUUUCAGAAUAAUGAGCAAGGAAGAAGAGCUGAACUGAUCCUAAAAGAAAACAUCAGAGAAGUUGGAGAAAAAAUUGAAGUUUCUAUUCUCACGGAAGAAGCGCCAUUUGGUAGAGAAUGUCGUAGGAUCGAAGCAGCCCUACCAAUGUACGCAAAAAAAACCGAAAUUGUUCAGCUCAUAGAGAAAAAUCAGGUCUGCGUUAUUCUUGGAGAAACCGGAUCAGGUAAAAGUACACAGAUGACCCAAUAUUUGUACGAGGCUGGUUUUGCUGAGAAGGGUUUAAUCGUUUGUACCCAGCCACGUAAAGUUGCUGCGACAAGCUUAGCAUCCCACGUCGCUCGAGAAAUGGGGAGCACUGUUGGAAAAGUAGUGGGCUGCCGUGUUGGAGGAAAUGUUCAAACAAGUAAAGAGAUGACUGGUAUUGUGUACGUUACAGACCACAUUCUUCUCAAUGAGUGCCUAAAGGAUCCUGAGCUGUCCAAGUAUUCUUGCAUAAUAAUUGAUGAAGCACAUGAACGAAGUCUUUACUCGGACCUGCUUCUUGGCAUGAUCAAGAAAAGCCUUAUUCAGCGUCCUGAGCUGCGAGUGGUCAUAACCUCAGCUACCAUUGAUCCUGCUAUCUUCGUGGCAUAUUUUGACCAAUGUCCAGUACUGAAAGUGUCCGGCAGAAUGUUUCCCGUCGAUGUAAUUUGGAAAGAUGGUCCGUCUUACAACGUUGAAAAUUAUCUUCAAGAGGCUGUAAAAACAGCUCGCGAAAUUCACCACAGGGAGGAUCCAGGGGACAUUCUUGUGUUUCUGACUUCUCCAGCAGAAACGGAACGUGCUUGUGAAAUGUUAACAAAGGUUGAGCGGGAUGCUAACCUAGUUUGUCUUCCUCUCCAUGGAAAGCUACGUCAAGAAGAGCAAAAGAAAGUGUUCGAAGAAGACGGAGACAAACGUAAGGUGGUAUUUGCUACCAACUGUGCGGAAACCUCCAUCACCAUUCCUGGGAUAAAGUAUGUAGUGGACACUGGUAUGAUGAAGGAAAUGAAGUUCGAACCGAAACGCAACAAAAGUUCUUUAGAGGUAACAACCAUAAACAAAAGUUCCGCUGAACAGCGAAAAGGAAGGGCAGGAAGGACACAAGCAGGGAAGUGCUUUAGACUCUACAGCCAAGAGGAGUACAAGGCAAUGGAAGACCAAUUAAAACCAGAGAUCCUAAGGGUUCAUCUUGGCCAUGCCGUGCUGAAGCUGAUGGAACUCGGCAUUGAAGAUGUCAGAGACUUUGAUUUUGUGGAAUCGCCAUCUUUUGACUCAAUAACCCUUGCAUUAGAGUUGUUGAAUUCUCUUGGUGCGAUAACAAACGGAAAACUUACACAGUUGGGAGGCAAAAUCGCUCGUGUUCCGGUAGAGCCACGCUUGGCAAAGGUCAUAUUUGAAGGCAUUGAAAAAGGUGUAGGUGCGGAUGCGUUAGCGUUGGCAGCCAUUGCAACUGCAGGUGGGAGCGUUUUCUUCCGCAUGGGAAGCGAAGAGGAGAAGCAGGCAGCUGACAGCAGAAAAGUAUGUUUCUGCCUGAAUGGUGGAGACCUACUGACGUUGUUGGAAGUGUACAGGCAAUACCUCAAGCAACCGAAAGAUUUACCCAAACGAAAAAAGUGGGCGGUUGCUAACAGCUUAAACGCUAAGUCACUUCGCAUGACAGACGAGACCAUCAAAGAGCUAAAGCUGACGUUAAAGCAUGAAUUGGAGAUAACGAUCUCGGAUACGUUGCAGCAAGACGAGAACACUGAUGUGAUACUUCAAAAGAUUUUGUUGUCUUGUUAUGCCACCAACUUAUGCGUAUUUACUGGCCACGAGAAAGCAGGAUACAGAGUGUUGUCUUCAAACCAGUGUGUUCAAGUGCAUCCAUCGUCAGCACUCAAGUUUCUCGGGGCAACACCUCAGUUCAUCGUCUUUGACCAACUGCUCAAAACGUCUCGUGACUUUGUCGUCAACGUUACCCCUGUGGAGGAGACGUGGCUCCGGGAAAUGAUUUCAACAGGAGCUCUCAAGUAUGACUUGGAGAACCUAUUGUCGACUGUGUUGACCGAAAUGGCAUUGCCAUGCAGUCCAGAACUUAUGAAAUUAACGUUUGGAGGUUACGGAAGAAAAAAAGUUGAUCAAAUUGAGGAAAAAGUUUCGAAGUCAUGCGAUGACAGCUUGGUUGUGUUAGAGGAGGACAAAAAGUGGGGACAAAUAAAAAUCUUCGUUCCUCCAAGGUACGCAGUGAAAGCCCUGUCAAUGAUGGGAAGUAUCAUGGAGGAAAGCAGAAAGAUACUGAGGAGUGAGGAAAGAGAAGAGCCACUGAGGGAAGAGUCCCCAGGAAGUAGAAUGGUUUGGGGACAAGGCGGUGAAAUACGGGAGUUGCUGAUGCUGGACAUGUACAGGACUGUCACAGUUGGUGAGAUAGAAGAUGGCUACUCAGCGGCUGUUUUAGACCACCUUGCAUCCUUCGGAGACAUAGUGAAACAUAAUUUUAGGGAGCAGAACGGCAAGAUGCGAGUCUUUGUGACUUAUAGGGAUUCACAGGAUGCGCUAAUGGCAGUGAACAGCCCUUCCAAUUCCUGUUUAGAUAUCAACAUAAAAGUCCAGCCGAGUAACUCGACAGGCGAUGGUAACCAAACACGUUUUUCUCAGUUUAAAGUGAAAGUUAAGUGGCUCAGACGUCCAGGCAAAGGCACAGGAUCAGUGCAAUUCUUCAAUGGCGAAGACUUCUUUUACACGCUCGGAAGAAUACCCUCGCUGAUUAUUAAAUCCAAAAGGGUGAUAUUUAAAGCCGACAAAAUUCACAAUCAACAGAUAUUCAUGAGAGGACUCCACCCUGAAACAUCAGAGGAGGAUGUGAUAUCUGCUAUCGAAGAGAAGCUUCCCACAGUAAAAGUGAUGAAAGUUUUCAUCCACCGAAUAGCAGAGUUUGAAACAGCGGAUGAGACUCUUGUAGAACAGAAGACUCUCUUAGAAGAAAGUCUCAGCGGCUUCGCCGUACAAGGUGAUUUCUCAGUCUACGUAGGAAAACCUUCCACGAAAUCUUUUGAGGGAUACGCCAACCUGACGUUCCAAAACCCCGAGGAGGGUGAAGCCGCCAUAAGAGGUCUUAAUGGAAUGAACAUCCCAGGCAUUGGUGUGGUAACCCUGCAUCCUAACCUUUCAACUGUGUUGUCAUGUGCCAGGAAUGUUUACGCAAUCAUAGAGGAUGAGUUCAAAGAAACUAUCAGCGAGUUGGAAUCAACCUUUGAAGCAAAUUUGAUCAUUAAGGUAAAAAAAAAACCCACAGACCAGCGUGUUUGGAUAGAAAUUCAAAGUAAGUCUACGAAACACUUCAUAUCUGCUACCACUGUUCUCACCGAAAUUUUCAAUGGGGAUAAAAUUGACUGCAAGAUUUCUAAAGACCUGGAGAUUCUUUUGACUAACUCAGCGAAAGACGUUCUUCGAACAAUUCAGAAAGACACUGGAACUGUAAUCAGUCAAGAUUGGAAGAACCAGGCUGUUAGAAUUCAUGGACCCGAAGCCAACCGAGAAUCAGCAAAACGAGCUAUAAACAAGUUUCUCGAUGAUUCCAUCACUGGCAAUCGCCACUCUUGGCAGAUUCAACUUCGAGGACCAAACAAGCCCCGCGGACUGCUGAAAGCUCUGUUUAAAAGGUUUGGCGCCAAUCUUCAAGGAUUACGAGACAUUAAUGGUGUCCAGAAGAUCCAUGUUGAAUUUAGAAACCACGUACUCAAGAUAGAGAGUUCAGAUGAGGCUGAAGAACUAAUCAACAGCUAUGUGGAGGAAUGCAGCAAAAAUCUUUCCCAAGAAUUGUUUCCUUUGCAACAAGACCAUCGAACACAGUUAACCUGUGGUAUAUGCCUAUGCGACUUGGAUUCUACAGCAGAUGUAUACAGACUUGCCAGCUGCGGUCACGCGUACGACAAGAGCUGUGUUAUCCAACAACUCAAAUCUCCAGACUUUCCGUUGAAGUGUGUCGUGGAACAGUGUGGAGAGCGUCUUGUAUGGAAGGAUUUGCAAAACUUGUUGAAUGACCGCGAAAGGAAGAGGCUCGCUUUGACCGCUCUAGAUGAGUAUGUCAAAAGAAAUCCUGAAAUUGUGAAGUACUGUCCAACGGCGAACUGUGGCAUGGUAUACCGCGUCUCAACUAAUGGGAGAUCCUUCACCUGUGAUGCAUGUCUGGCUCAGACCUGCACAUCUUGUCACGUGCAAUGGCACGAUGGGCUCACUUGUGCUAUGUUCAAAUCAGAGAAGCAAGUAGAGGGACGUCUCGUGGAGUGGAUGAUGAAGGACCCAAGCAAUAGAAAGAAAUGUCCCAAAUGCAAGGCACCGAUUGAGAAGAAUCAGGGAUGUAAUCACAUGGAGUGCUCACAGUGCAGAAGCCACAUGUGUUGGCUGUGCCUGCAGGUGUUUCCAACCGGGAACGAUGUGUACGAUCAUCAACGACACUGUCCCAAUAAGACUGCAGCAUGAGUUCAAUACUGCCUGUACAGACAUACCCUCAAUAAUAAAAGUCAUAGGUUGAUGUGCUAAUGUAACUAAUGUUUUGAACUUUGUCCGUUGAGGACAAUAGUUUAGAUGGCUUUUAAAUUUCCGAAGCAUAGCGAAAAUGGACAAGUUUCAAUUAACAGGAAGGGUAAAGUAGAAAAUGACACUUAAGUAACUCACGUGUAAGCAAAUGAGUUAAGAAUGUUUGAAGAUUUUAAUAAUCCUGCCAUCAAAACCCGUCUGACCAAAAAAACCUGUCUAUGUUUUUUUGAGAGCGAUGUAGCUCACUGUACCCACAAUGUUUAGGUAGCAUCCCACUUAGUGCUUUUCCCUCAAUAAAGUGCAGCUUUAUUGUUUACCUUUAAAUUUCAAGUUGUUGAUAACUAAAAUGGUUUCCUCGUCAAGCUCUUUUUUCCCUUAAAGUACAACUGAUUUACUAUCGCUAUUAGCUGGAUGAAUUGCAACCAAGCAAAAAUUAUCAGCGUCAUAUGAAUACAUUUUGUAAACAGACGUUUUCAGUAACACAAAUAUUCGUCUAGAUAUAUGCAGGUAAUUUUAUCGGUCUUGUACCCAC